CAGAUACUCACUGACGCCAGACAUGCAGGUGGCGCCACAAUAUCAGUGGUUGUGAAGUGUGUUUUAGAGUCACUUUUGCUGUAGCUAGAGAGGAGUCAUGCGGCUUUUCGAACGUCAGAAGAAGAUUCACACUCGUUGUGGACCUGAAGCACAAGCUGAGAUGAUCAGUAGAAGACGAAUUAUUUCCCGUUCCCGGGACGGACUGAACUUGGACUUUGGUAUGUUGGAAGAAGAUGAAGAUGUAUGGUACCAAAAAGAGCGUCUUUACAGGGAUCAUAUCCAGGAAGUACUGAACAAAUGGGAGCAGAUUGACGAUGAAAUAUGGGCUAAGGUUAUCUGCAUGGAAAGGAACCGCCGGGUUGCUAAGGCUUACGCCAGAUCUCCAGUUUUAACAGUAAACGGAUCCGAUGACGGAUUUGACGGCUACAGGAUCGGACUGUGUGGUUUUGACAAUCCAAUGAGAGAUCCCAAAACAGAAGAGAUCAAACGUAACAUAGGGCACGGUGUGAAAGUCAAGAUGGAUGAUUCUGGAAAUAUAAUAAUCAAACGAGCUAGUAAAAGUAACGUUUUUGUCAAGGAAAUUGACAAUGAAGAAAACAGCGUGGCUUCGGAAGUCAUUCGAAAUAACGGACUGUUGGAACCUGAUAAAGCAGUAAAGAUAUACAAAAAGUUCAACAUUGACUAA